AUGUCCGUCUGCGACUCCUUCACGGAGCAUGCCUGGAUCAAAGGGAAGUGCCAGGACUGCUUCAGGCCUCUGGACCAGCACAGAGGAGGGCCCGCGAACCAGGCGGCCGGCGGCGGCUACGCGGCUCCGGCGAACGCGGAGAAGACGAGACCUCCCGUGGCCAAAAAGCCGGCGUCCUUCAGAGCCCCGGCGGUGCCGGCUCAGGUGGGGAACGGCGACGGAGAGAACGGCAACAAUAACGACAACGACGUGUUCGUUGACGCGGCGGUGCUUGCAAACCAGCACCUGGCCGUGGGAGACGCUGCGGGGGGCUGCGACAACAGCUCGCUGGCGCUGUUCCUCAACCGCAUCAGGAGCCGCUACCACCGAUCGGCGGAGCGCGGCGCGGCGGCCGCGCAUGGCUGCCUGGCGAGCGAUCGGAAGGUCUGGCGGCCGAGAAAGCGCGUCCGCCUGGGCGAAGGGGGCCCCGAGGUGAUCAGCCACGAGGGAGGCCUCUUCUGCUACGCCGACUCGGAGGCCUCAUCCGGGUCGCCCGAGGAGGCCGCCGGAACGGGAGGCGUCGCGGCGGCGAGAGAGGAAGGCCGGGAGAGCUGGGACGAGAGCGACGAGGAGCUUCUGGCCAUCGAGAUGAGGAUGCGGGACCGCUCGCGCUUCGCCGAGCUCAGGCCCAACAGCCUCUCACCCGUCCACUUUGGGAGACACGGCGGCCGUACCGUGCGGCCCCGGAACCCCGUCCUCCGGCGCAACCGCCCGCACGAGCGCGACGACCGCCUGGAGGCUGAGCGCGACGCGGCCGGCGGCGCCGACGCGAAGCUCGACCCCUCGGAGGGCAAGGCCUCCUACAUGAGCAGCUCCGAAGACCUGGAGACGCCGUCGCCCGUGAGCGCGGGGGCGCUCUGCUCUCGCCAGGAGUCGACGUCGCAGGGCCUGGACUCGCAGGGCAACACGAGCGUGAGCAGCGACGACGGCAACGUCGCCGACGCCGAGGCCGAGUUGUGCGACGCGAGCGAGCGCUCCGACGCGGAGGACGCCGCCGAGAGCCGACGCCGCCAAGGGCCGCGGAAAUCGACGCCUUCCGAGACCGACUCGGAGAACGCGACGGCAGAGCCGGGGUGCGCCGUACCGGCAGGCGACAAGAGGACGUUUGAGACUCGCGUCUCCAUGUCGCUCAGGGCCAACGAGAGGAACGUGAAACCGUGUCGGGUGGUGAACCUGUACCCGGCGCCCGCCGCGUGCGACUCGGGUCCAAGGCCAGACGAGGUUUCCGCGAAGCCGCGACAGGCCGAGCCGAUGGAGGGGCGCGAGCAGCCGCAUCGACCGCAGCGGCAGCAGCAGCACCACGCGGAGCUCCGGUGCGGUGCUCAGCUCGACGUCGGCGCCACGAAGUCCGCGGCGGCGGCGCAGGAACCGUUAACCACGGGGGAGAAGCGGCUCAAUCACGCCGCCAACCUCCUGUUCACGCUGAGCGCCGUGCCCCACACGCCCGUGUACGCCCAGAGCACGAGGAGUAAAAUGUUCAUUCCUCCCUCGACCGCUCACGAGGAAAACAACAACAACAACUACUGCGUGAUUCCCGCUCCGCCAACGUCGGAGACUCAGGCGUCGCGCCCCCAGCGCAAGGACUCCCCCGGAGAGCGCCCGGGUCGCGAGCAUGCGCAGCCGCACGGGAGGCUCGGGGGCGGCGGGAAUGCCUCCCCCGCGAUCUUCGUUCCGAACGCCGCUUCGCCACGGAUCAGCGGCCCUGCCGUGAAAACCACGACGGCCGCGACGCCAUCAGGGCUCUGCCAGGGCUCCCCGCCGAAACACAAAACGUUUUUGUACGUCGAGGGAGCGGGAGGAGACCCGCGGAAAACGUCCCGCGGCUCUGUGACCGUUAGUGAAAGGAUCGAGAGGUCGGAGGAGGGACUGCUCAACGCAAACGCCGCCCUGCAUCACGCGGAGGACAGGGGAGACGCCAGCGCCGCGCUGUCUCAGCUCGUCGCUUCUAUAAAACCUCCCAACCUACCUCCCGAAUUGCCGAAGAAACGGUUCAAAGGCCGGAUCGCAGGCGACGAGGCCAAACUCGAGGUGCCGCCGCCCCCGCAGUAUUGCGACCUGAAGGGGGACGUCUCCUCGGACGGCCGGGCCGCAGGGAGCGACGAACGCCACGCCUCCCGGGAGGCCGCGCUCGUUGGGACGUCUCCCGCUGGCUUCGUGGAUCCCGACGCCGCGGACGAAAAGCUGCAGCCGCCCCUCUUGAGACAAGGGGGCGUCGUGGCACCGGGGCCCUCUGCCGGUGGCCGGCCGCCGGCCACCCCCCCGCGGACGUCGCCGAAGUCCCGGAGGGAGGCAGACGGCGGGGCCGACGCGCCGCCCCGGCCGCCCCCCCCGCACGAGUUCGUCCUCGGGGCUUCGCCCCGAGCCGCCGCCUCUCCUCCCCAAGUCGAGCACGAGCCGGACCCCUUCGCCUGGGCCCGCAACGGAGACCGGCGACAUUCCCGGCGCUCCCGCGCCAUCACCGCGGCAACGGCAGAGCGUGCAGCGCAACAGGACGGGCGGCCGAAGAGCGGUGAUCGCCGGAACGGCGAUGCUCCUCAAUGUGAAAACGAGCGACCCGACCCGGAGCGGCCAAGCGGCGGUGUCGUCGUCGAGCUCGACACCAGCGAGAGGCCCGCGGCCGCCCUGCUCUACAAGCAGGACUACCCGCGAUUCAUCAACCCCGCCCUCGGAAAUGGCCCUGGGGCAGCCCAGAACUCGAGCAGGUCUCCAAAAUCCAAAAAGUCUUCUGGCUCGGUCAGCGAAGAACCGGAGCCGCGACCGAGAAAGCGGUCGGUGGGCGCCGAGCGAGGCGAGAAGAAGACCCUGGCCCUCGGAGUCGCGAGGCAGACGGCGGCCAAGCGGCCUCCCGCGCAGGCCGGGGCGCCAAUCCCGGCGAGCGAGAGCAGCGUCGACCCGGAAGACGUCCACAUGGACAAGAAGUCCGUCGUGAUUGCGCCGAGCCAGCCGGCGAUGGGAAACCACGCCCGCGGGGAUCGCCCGGCGAGGAGGGAGACGCCGCCGACGACGGAGACCGAGACGGCGCCGGAGUCGCAGGACGUGCCGCCGACACCGUCGCGCGAAGCGUCGCCGCGCUCGCCUGCGCCGCGGCCUCCCGGCGGCCCCCUCGCUGCCGUCUACGGCAACGUCGGUCGGCUCCGGGCCGGAAUGGCCCCGGAGAAACACCCGCGUCCCCUGCGGGAGGCCUCCGAGGACGCCAUCGCGUUCGAGGGCCCGGCCGACGCGGACGGCCGGGCCGCCACCCCGGAGUCGGUCCCCCCGCCCCCCCUCCCCGCCAAGAGGAGCGGCAGCCGCGCCGGCUCCUCCGCGUCGGCGUCGCCGAGCGGGUUCGAGGCCGGGCCCGACGCGGCCGCCCCCCACGACCGGCGCGAGACGAAGGGCGAGGAAGGUGAGGGGCACGAGGUGGCGCGGGCGCAGCAGCAGCAGCAGCAGCAGGGCUUGAGCCACACGGACCCGCUGGGCCGCCGCGUGCCCAGGAAGGACAGGGGUGGGGGCGCGCAGCAGGGCCCGCGGCAGCAGCAGCUGUUCAAGUCGCACAGCGUGGAGUGCUCCCCGGUGCACGCGGCCUUCUCCGGCGACGCGACUCCCGAGCGCGGCGCGUCGCCGGCGUCGCGCGGGCGGCGGCUGCCGCACUCCCUCAAGUCGACGUCGCAGGACUCGAUUCCCGAGAGCGACGACUCGCUCGCGGACAGCGACGGCUCCCCGUUCCCCGCUCCGGCUCUCGACGCGGCCUACGACGGCCGCGGGCCGCGGCAGCAGCACCCGCGGCAGCCUGGCUCGAAACCCGGCGCGGCCGACGGGAGGGGCGAGGCGGUCGCGCCGGUCGGCGGCGUCUACCGCAACAUCGAGAGCUCGGAGGCGGUGUCGGCGCGCAUCCUGAGCCUGCAGGCCGAGGCCACGCGCCGCCUCGCCGCAAAGUGCGAGGAGGUGUUUAUGCGCGGGUGCGCGGCACGCGUGGGGCUGCGCGAGGAGAGCUGGCCCGACUUCAAGCUGCGCAGCAACAAGCCGUGCUGCGAGGCCGGCGACGGCACCUACUACGCCGCCACGUACGCCAAGGACCCCAACCACGCCUACGCCAUCAAGGUGUGCAAGGGCCGCGCCGACGCUUCGCGGCGGCAGCUGCAGCAGCAGAGCGCGACGGUGACGCGCGGCGUGCCGGUGCACUACAACAUCCAGCAGGAGUGCGGCCACUUCGUCGCCGAGGUGCCGCCCUCACUGCUGCCGCACGGCGAAGACGCCGACGGCGCCGACCCCGGCCGCCUGGUGGUGAUCACGCGCGAGGCGCCGCACCGGACGCUGGCCGACCUGGUGAGGACCUCGGCGGAGGAGCACCGCGCCGAGCCCGAGCGCUACGAGCGCCUCGCGAGCCUGCUGCUGCUGCAGUUGUGCGCGGCGCUCGAGCACCUCAAGAUGCACGGCGUCACGCACUGCGGCCUGCGCCUCGAGAACCUGCUGCUGGCGCACAGCGGCCGGCCCGGCGACCCCACGCCUCGCCUCGUCCUCAGCAACUUCCUGCAGGCCAAGCAGCAGCAGCAGCCCAAGAACCGGGCUCACCACGACCAGGGCAAGACCGGCGCCAGCCCGCUUGGUGGGUCGGCGCCGCCGGAGCAACUGCGCCUGGCUCCGGAGCUGCUGUCGGCGGCGCAGUACCGCAAGCUGGACGAGUUCCAGACCGGCAUCCUCAUCUACGAGAUGCUGCACCUGCCCAACCCGUUCGAGGACGACCCCGGCCUGCGCGCGUCCGGCUACUCCACCGACGACUUGCCGCCCUUCCUGCGCCUGUCCUGCUACUCGACCGGGCUGCAGCGCCUCGCCUUCCAGCUGCUGCAGCCGGACCCCGCGUCGCGCCUGCCCAUCGCGGAGGCUCGCGUCGCGCUGCAGCUGCUGGCGUGGGGGCCCCAGGCCGAGCACCUGACGCGGGAGCUGGGCGGCCCCCGGCCCGACGGCCGCCGGCUGCAGGAGGUGCUGCGGAACUGGCUGGACGUGCGGCGCGCCCUCCUCAUGGUGGUCUUCGCGGAGAAGGCGCUGGCGCAGGACGGGCCGGAGGGUGGCGGCGUGAAUCUGGAGGACUGGCUCCGCUGCCAGUUUUUCGCCUUCGCGACGGUCAAUUGCAUGGCCCGCGCGGUGGAGCUGCUGCGGCUGUGCUAGGUUCGCUUUCGGUAAAGAAGCGGUUAUUUUUUGAGGGUGUGGGUGGGUGGUGAAAUUUAUUUCUAUUUUGUAUGAAGCUGCCGUGCUUAGUAAAUGCAGUGGAAAAUGGAAUUGUUUUACAUUUGAAGUUCGAAGAUAUGAUUGUAAUAAAGUACUCUUUUUAUCUAUGAACAUUUAAUCCUCAUCAACCGUCACUGGCGUUACAAACUCGAUGACGUCCCGAUGACGCGCACCGCGAAACUCGUCACGUCGGAGGGCGGAGGUCAACCGUCGUCUUGCGGUGCCGCCCGGCGCCCGCGAUCGUCUCGGCGAGACACCUCCCGGCACUCGCCGUCGGCUCCGUCGCAGGAAUCAUCGUGGGAGAUGGCGGCUUCACAUUCGGUCGCGUAAUUAUUGUCUGUUAUUUAUGGACACGGCUGGCUCCCGGUGAGAGCGGUCCUCUCACUGGGAGUGCGCUCGUUUCCUCCUGCUCCUCCGCCUGAGUUGUGUUGCUUCAUCCUCAUCGUAACCGUGAGGGUAUAGGCUGGCUGUUGGCCGGCUAUUGAUCAAUGACAGCUUCUGUCUUGUCAAAAAAAAACUUGACGAAUACUUUGCACUAUUUUGUACAAUAUUUGAGAUUUUGUAAAUGUUAUUUAAAUAAUAAUCUUUAUUUUGUAGGCACUGAUUUGCCAUUGGGGUCUUGCCACUGAUAAAACGCAUCUACUGUCCCGUGUCGUGGCAGGGAAUGUGCAGCCCCACGGCGCUGUCCCUGGCUCCAGCGUCGCCGUGUCCGUCUCGCGCGACCCCGUAACGUUUGCUUCGAUUUUCCCAGAGUAAAGUCCGGCGUAUAUCA